AUGGCUCUGGUGGCGCAUCGCAUGAUGCUGCCGGCGCGCCAUCGUCGCACCCAACAGCAGGUGGCGCGCAAUAAAGUUGGUGUCCUGCUUGUGCCUAGUCUGGCGGAUUACUACAACAAGGAUGGCGAUCAACUGCAGCAGCAACCACAACAGCAGCAGCAGCAACUGCAGCUGCAACUGCAACAGCAGGUGACACCGGCUACGUCGCAGCUGGAGCUGCAGGCCGGCGAAGGCAAAGUAAGUGCAACAAGUUGCAGCAAACUCAAAUUUCACACGCGUUGCAUGCCAAAACAAUUCGCUUUUGCCGUCUUUUUUUGCCAUUUGGCCAACACUUUACCACGUGGCUGA